ACCCCACCCACACAUCCAGUUGUUCCUCCUUCAUUUCAUAAUUUUAUUCCCAACUUUUACAAUGUAGAGUUUAUGUAUCUGAGCUAAUAUUUGGUGGUAAUGUGCAUCACCUCUCCCAUCUGCUGGCUGCUCCUGUCGCGCAUGCGCAGUGCGGCUCUCCAUCAUUUCCAAUAUUCCAGUGUAGGAGAACCAGCAGAGGCAGAUAACUAAUGGGAACCAUGGGAAUACCACUACCCAACUGUGUUUGGGAACCAAUAUGUUGAACUCACUCUUCCUGUCCGACUGAAGGACUGUAUCCUGGCCGGCAAAAGACAAAUGGUAAAAAAAUAAUAAUAAAAGACUUUCUUGUGACAGCACAGCGACCACUGAUCUCCACUUUCUCAGCGUAGCAUCUUCCCCGAGUCGGAUGGCUCUGAGUGACAAGAUGCAGUAAUGGAAGUCCACGCACCAUUCAGCACUGAAGCCAUGAAGCAGCUGAAAGGGUAGGGUCUGCUGUGAGCUCGCCUCACCCUACCCGACCGCCCACCCCGUCAGCUCUACCUGAGAGCAGAGUCCCACGUUGAAUCCUGCACCUCUACCUAAACUCCGUAACCCUCCUACCACCCUCCCGGCUUUGGAAGACAAAUAUGACGCGCAUUGCGAAGACACUGGUUGAUGUCUGAUAUACAUACCUCUGAGGUGUUGAGCGUAAAACCAGUGGAGCAAUGAAUGGCGGAAAGGACUGUGAGGCGGGAGAUGAGAGGCAGGCCAUCCCUGUCCAGGUCCCCAUUGGCUGGCAGCGCAAGGCAGAGCACAGUGGCGGGGUGCUUUACAUGAGUCCCAGUGGCUCGGUGCUGUCCAGCUUGGAGCAGGUGAAGACCUACCUGCUGACAGAUGGAACCUGCAAAUGCGGCCUGGAGUGCCCACUCAUCCUCCACAAGGUGUUCAACUUUGACCCAGGGGCAGCUGUCAAGCAGAGGACAGCAGAGGAUGUGAAAGCAGAUGAAGACGUCACCAAACUCUGCAUUCACAAGAGGAAGCUUCUGGCUGUGGCCACGCUGCACAAGAGCAUGGGGACGCACCCACCUCUGACCAGUCCAGGGGGAGGUACAUCGUCUGUGGUUGCUGCGCAUUCCACAACUCGAGCAAUAAGGACUAAACCCCAUGAUGGAUUGCUAAAUACUGCUGGCCCAGACUGCAAGAAUCCUUUCAAGAUGAUGAUGGCCCCGGGACAACAGCAGCAGCAGAGGCUGUAUCCACCCCAGGAGAUGGGUGGAGCCCAGCAAACCGAGCUCUACUCUGGGUUCCACAGGCACCAGAGACUGGGCAGUGGGGAGCCAGGCCCCAAAUCCCCCUACCGGGUUGGGUAUGGAGGCAUGCUGAGCCCACCUCCCUCCAGUGCUAAGCUGUAUGGAGACGGCUCACAAUCUCCCAGUGCCGACACUCUGGGCAGCCCUGAUGCCUUUCCUAGGACCAAUCCUUGUGGGUUUCCAGGAGUUGGCAGUCCAGGCUCAGCCUCUAUCCAUGGAAACUCUAGGACGCCUCUUUCCCCACCCAGUCUAAUGCUUCAUGGCUCCCCUGCGGGCCAGCCAUCUUGCGCCAUGACAGGGAGGACUAGCACGCCCCUUUCCCCUACGGCCACUGCCAAAAGCCCUGUCAUGAACAUGAAUAUGCCUCGGGGUAACUUUCCCCCUGGUAUGGAUAUGCCCCGUGCAGCGUUUCACCAUAAAACACAUCUCGUACCGCCUCCUUCAUCCAUACCACCAUCCUGUGCCCUACAGAAAAGGCAGUUGACCUCUGAAAAAGACCCAUUAGGCAUCCUGGACCCCAUCCCCAGCAAGCCAGUCAGCCAGCCCCCCUCCAACAUCCCAAACCCUUCCAACUUUCAGCCUAACAUCCACUCUCAGGUACAAAUGAUGAAUGUAAACAUACCCCCUCCCGCCAUUGUUCCCUUGCCAAGCAACUUACCUUUACCCACAGUGAAGCCUGGACCUGUGGGGCAUGGUGGUCACGUUCAAAGGACUCAACAGGGUGGUCCGCCUUCCUCUAUGUCCCCCUCCCCUGUCACUUCCCCUGUCCACAUGGCAGGGCCUGCCCUUGGGAGAAUGGAGGCCUCCCCUCAUCGCUCACGCUCAUCCUCCACCUCCUCUGACCAUGGGAACUUUGCAAUGCCCUCGGGACAUCAGGUCCCAUGUGGCAACAUGAAGGUCCCUCCUCGUUCCCCCAGGUCUGCCAUGGGAUCUCCCAGACCAGCCAUGCCCUCCAGCCCCUCUACCAACAAAACUGACCCACAUCACCAGUACAAAGACUCCCAGAUGCUGCCUGGGAUGGGAAACUCGAUUGGUACCCAGCAGCACAGCAACCCCAUGUACUCGCCCACCUCUUCCUCGUCGUCGUCCUCUUCUAUGGCAACCCCAAGCGCUUCCCAGAAGGGCCACCCAGGACUCCUGGGGAUGCCUCUAAACCAGAUCCUCAACCAACAGAAUGCCGCUUCCUUUCCCGCCAGCAGUCUCUUGUCUGCCGCAGCCAAAGCACAGCUAGCAAAUCAAAACAAACUCAGCGCUGCAGGCAACAGCCCUGCUGGCAACAGCCCUGCUGGCAUGGCUGGGGGUGGUGUUGGUAUGGCAGGCAUGGGGGCUGGUGGAGGAGGUUCUGGUGGAGGUGGCGGACACCCUGGCUCCAUGAGCGGCCCUCGAGGCAUGGAGGGACACAGCACUUUAAACUCAAUGCUCCCGCCAAACUCUACCAUGCUGCUCAACACUCCCGAGGGCCAGAGUGGCCGCGCGGCUCUAAGAGACAAGCUCAUGGCCCAGCAGAGGGACCCCAUGCGCAAACGGAAGCAGUCAUCGGGCAGCGCUGCCGUAAACCACGACAACAGUAACAACAUGGUCUACAACAUGCUUAACAAACGAGGCAUGGGAGGACCCCACAUGGCAGGGCCCAUUGCCACUGAGCAGCUGCGAAAAGUUGGAAGACUUGGAAACCUUCCCCCAAACACCUCCAUGGCCCAACUUCUCCAGUCCAUGAGCUGCCAGAGCACCCACAACCAUCGUCCGGGUCUUAGCCCUGGCCCAGGGCCUCAAGGAUCUGCACAGCUGCACUACAACGACAGCACAGUUAUGGUCCCUGGUGGCCCUCAGCAGAAUCUCAUAGCUCAGCAGAGGCUGCGGGGUCCUGCAGAUGCCAUGCAACACUGCCAGAACAUGGACACCUCUGGGGGCCAUCUGGGCUCUCGUCCAGGCCAGUUCCCUGACAUCAUAGCCCAGAUGCAGGCCUCCUCAAUGAGUAACAGUGGUCCUAUGGGGCCAGGAGGUGGACCGGUGGGUCCUGAUGGCAUGCCGCUUGGGCGCCCCAACACUAACCCCCCGCCGCUGUCCCAUUCCGGCCCUCACCCCGCACAGCACAACCACCUUCACGGUAUGGGGCGGACUAGCAUGGUGCUGAUGCCACAUGUAGGUGGUGAUGGAAGCUGUACACAGACCAUCCCGGAUACAGGAAACCCCUCAUCCCUUGGCUGUGGUAUGGGCGGCCUGCCUCCACACAUCACCACCGGCGGAGGUCAGAUGUACCAGCAGCAGGUCCACCAGGGCAUGCAGCAGGGGGUGGCCACCCAUCCAGCCUACCAGGGACAGCAGCACUUCUCUGACAACUCUCCCUACACAGACGGCAACAACGCCAAUGCCAACGCCGGCUCCAUGGCCUGCCUCUACCAGAACUACCAGCCGGGGAUGUUGUCGCACCCACAGUUCAGGGAGGGGCAGCAGCCCCAGGGCGAGGGGCUUCCAGCGGGCACAGCUGGCGGUGACAGGGGACCCGGUGGCCAAGAGUCGGUGGACGCCAUCUACAGAGCCGUGGUGGACGCCGCGAGCAAGGGCAUGCACGUUACCAUAACAACCACAGUGAGCGGAACAACACAGGCGAGUCCGGUGCCUGCCCUCAGCGCUAUGAGUGCCUUCACUGCCUCGAUAGGGGAGCCGGUCAACAUCCCCCAAGCAGUUAGCACGGUCCUGCACAGGCACCAGGACGGGGAGGCGUUACCCAUGCAAGCCAGACCGAGACAGGUGAGGCCGGGACGGGGUCAGAAGAGCAUGGAUCCAGGGAAGAGCACUCCAGACUGCCCAGAGGCCAAUGACUACUUCCGUUCUCCUGGGCGUGGGACGCCCAGGGGGCAGUGGGAUGGGGAUGCGCAGCAUGGGGGAGGCUUUGAUGCUCACAGCAACAACAGUGCCUGGGGUAGUGAGGAGUUUCUAGAGUGCUCUACCCAAGUGAGGAGUAGUCCCUGCAUGGAGCGACCCGCCAGCCUGGCCCCUGCCCCGCCCUGCCCCACUGAGGGGUCCAACGACCACGGCCUGGUCAUGGCUCACGAUAAGGCCUUUCUUGACGAUGGCUAUCGCUUUAACAACUGCAACCGGACACCCGCUAACUACAAGGAGCGUCUGGAGCAGACGGUGGAGCGCUGCGUCCACAUCAACGGUGCCACACCUCACUUCAACACCCGAGGUUAUGGAGAAGUCCUGGGCCCCCCGCGGCAGGAGCUGACGGGGGACGACCAGUCGCCCAGCUCCUCCACUAGCCUGGAGGGACCGCUGGCCACAGCCAAAGACUACAGCCACUACAACGGCCACUUCAACGGUAUGGCGCCCAGCCCCUCGGACACAAAGAGCCUGAGCAGCGAGGAGGACCUGCGGCAACCAGACUCUCCCUCCUCGGAGCUGCUUCACUAUCGGUCUAGGACCUUCAACAUGGGAGAGCUGGUCUGGGGCCAGCUAAAGGGCUUCCCACCUUGGCCUGCCAAGCUGGCCGGGGAUGAACAAGUCCACAGCGCUGCUUUGCAGCUGCGGGAGCAGGCCAAGGUGGAGCCAGAGAAGCUUAAAACACUAACUCACGACUUGGAGGCACUUGAUCGAGCCGCCAAAAGAGGCCUGAAACAAGGAAAACUGAAUAAUCACUUGGAAGCUGCUAUCCACGAGGCCAUGAGUGAACUGGAUAAGAUGUCGGGCACAAUCCCGUCGCGGGAUCGUCAGGUGAAGCUCCCCAAGCCCAAGAGGAGAAAGAUAUCCAGAUAACAUUGAAUGUGUCGGCCCCAGAACGUCCUCAAAGCCUUUCGGAGACUGCGUCCGUUCCGCCUUGAUGCGAUCUGAGCUCUCUAAACAGGUGCUACACAUGGACUUUUCAAUGGUACAUCCCUUUUGGUUCCAUGAUAUCAACAUGACUUAACGACCGACCACGGAAAGGUGCUGGAAGAAAUUCCAAUCACCGAAACAGUUUUCAACUGAAGAGAAAAACCAACAAAGAGAAAAUAGAGAAAAAACAUUGGUUGCAAUUUGUCUACAGCUCACUGAAUUAACUAUUUUUUUCUAGUAUAAAAUAGUAAAAACAAACAAAAAAAGAAGCUGCGAGCAUUACCUUACAUAUUUAAGAAAAAUAGACAGUCCAAAUAUUUCUGAUACAUUUUCAAUAUGUAUAUAGAUAAUCCUGAAAUUUCAUGCUAUUAAGAAUUGUAUGUAUAUAUUGUACAAUGUCAUGUACAAGCAUACCUAAUGCACAUUUUAUCUUUUAUUGUACAAAAACAAAGCAGAAGUGUACCAAUGUCUUGGUUUCUAUUCAGAAGUGCGGUUGCAUUACGGCCGCAUGCAUAGGAUAAAUAAGAAUACAGCCUAAAGCUUUUAUAUGACGAACUGUAAGACGUUGCUGUUUUUUUGUUAGUUUUUUUGUAAGGGAACAGCAGUGAAACAGGCAUGAGUACAUGAGUUCUCCAUUACGAAAGUCACUUCACGCCAGUUAAGUGUUCAUUUGUAUUGGGGGGUUAAAAAACAACCAGAAUGAACUUUACCAGCAGAAAGUGUUCAAUGCCGAAGUGAUGAACGACCGGCCGGACGAAUGUUGGUAAAUCUGCACCUGCUCCACCAGUCACUUUGACGGGAAAAUCAUGACAUUUGGAGAUCAAUUUUUGUGCUAAAAACUCCUUUUUGGAUUUGCAAAUCAUCGUAACUGGCAGACGUAAGAAAGUUGUCCGAUUUUUAGAACGGAAAAAUCCACCUUCAGGCACUUCGGUUGUUAGUUGUCAUUUUGUGUUCCUUGCAUUUCAGCAAAAAUGUGUUCUCCAUUUUAUGGGGUGAACCAAAAAGUGGUUUGCAAGAUAGACUUUCUACAACUCCCAAUGAAGACUCAAGAUUUCCAUAUAGUAGAGCUGCAUCUGUUUUGAUAAUCAUGGAAUCGUUAGUAAUUCUUUAAGCGAAAACCAUAAAUGUGAAGAAAUUUGCAGCGCUAGUUUUGUUUUUUUAAAGAUAGUUUUUAGGGCAAUUCCACCUUUAAAGAUGCAGUAGGUAAGACUUAUAAAACAAAGGGGUGGGGCUGCCGCAGGUCUGAUUCGAAUCCUGAGCCUCCGCAUAGAAAUCCAUAUGAAAGCAAACCCGUACUGAGAAAAACAUGUUUUAUUUGUGAUCUUAUGGGGGAAAAGAACCUACACUACUCACAAACUCAAGUGUAACAGCGACAUCUCUGAUUGGUCCAACUUGCUGUUACCUCGGAAACGAUUACCAUGCAUGCGUAUCAGUGAACGGCUAGAUGGAGCUUCUACCAUUGAAGUCUAUGAUCGUUACUCUACACCUUCUUGUACCUUUUUCCAUUUUUGGCGUUUUCUAAAUGUCUUUCUUGCGCUGAAUCAAAUGUUUAUUGGUCACGAUUCAUCUCGUAGCUGGUUGGCUCGCUUCCAGACUUAAAACUCUUUAUAUCAGCAAUUUUUGAAACGUCAAUGGAACAAUUGAACAGAGGGAAAACACUUCAGAACCAGAGCCAUUAAAAACGUGGGCGAUCACCGCUGAGCUCCAUUAAGCGGACGCUGGAUGCAGCGUGACGUCUAACUAAGAGUGUCUUUGGGUGGAUUUUUCCUUCAGCUACAACCGAGAAUCCCAGGCUGCAUUGACGAAUUAUGUCAUUAGAUUGUUGUGAUUAUUUUCUUGUGCUCGUUUGUACAAUGAUUUAUUUUUAUUUUUUUUACCAUGACUGUAGUCGUUUUUUGCCACAACUAUAGCUUUAGGUAGAGUAAACCAAGCUCAGAGGCAGAGUCUAGAUUAUCAAAUGAACACUAACUCCUUUCCUUUCUUUUUUUUUUUCAAGAGCAGUGAAAGCAUUUCUCGCGUUUAGGGGCCUUGUGGUUGUUUUGUUUUUGCUUAUUGAUGUAAAUUAUUUAUGUACAGUACUCCAUAUUUAUUUUAAGCUUUACAAAAAUGCUAGAUGGCAAUAAUACUACCAAGAGUCGAGAACUCAAGCCUUAUAUGUGUAUAUCUAUGUUUUUGUUGUUUUCCCAACAGUGAAUAGAUUAUGUAUUCCGAAUCCAUUACAAAGGUCAUGUUACUUUUUUUUUAUUUAAGAAGUGAGCAUUGCAUAUAACACUCUUUUACAGUGCGGCGUUCUGCCUUUAUCUACUUGUUUGUGUUCCAGAUUGUGUCAUGGAUUUCUUAGUUACAGGAAGAAAAGGUGACGUCUGCCUCCAAGACCAUACUAUUUAUGAAUAUGCACAUCUAAAAAAAAAAAAAAGGCAGACAUCGUUUAUGUUGGUAAUAAAUGCAGUUUUACCUCUACUAGCUACUAUAAGUUGGAUUCGCCGCAAAGUAAAACUAAAUCACUUGAUCAGUCUUAAAAGCCGACAGUUAUGCACAGUAUUUAGGAUCUCUGGAUCAACACACACACACACACACACACACACACACACACACAGCUGCUCGUCCAGAGGAAAAACCAUCCAACAACAAUCAGAAAUCACUACAGAAUUAUUAGUGCAAUAUACCAAUCCAUGGCAAAGAUCAGCAGCGUCUCUGACUGUCUGAUACGUUUUGUUUAGCUGGUAUUCAUCUUUUUUUCACGUGUCCUAACCCUAAGAGCCAUGAAGUAUUAAUUUAUUUGUAGCUUCACCUUUCACAUGUACACAAAACUAACUCCCGUUUAAUUUGAUAUCAUAUCAAAGUAUCUGAGGCACACGAGGAAGCUCAGCUGUUACACAUGUCUAAUGAUAACCGUUAAAAAACCAAAUAGUACACUACUUUGUAAAGAGCUUCCUUCUCGCUCAGUAAAACAUGAAAACGCUACUAUUAAAGCAUCCACAACUUUUGGAUGUGCACACGUGUUUUCUAACCCCAGAAAACUAAUUUGGGGCGAGAAAUCCCACAGAUGUUCAUUUAGUUUUACAAUGUACCAUAAAUAUCCUAAAUGAGGAGCCUCAAAGUCCAACUAUGAAUUACAAUUUCAACAUUUCUUUUUGUCUUCAUGCGUACACACUUUUAAGGAACCUUGUACUUAUGUUGUACUGUAUAUCUCAGAACAUUGCUUACAUUUUUUUGUCACGUGCACACUGGACAAAAACUCGGACAUUUUGAAAAAGCCCUCAAUUUGUAGCAACAAAAACCUAACAACCUU